AUGGUUCUCAUCAUCUUUCUCGCUGUGUCGAUAUCAAUCAACAUAGUCUACGUCUUCAUCUCCUCCUGCAAGAAAGAAAAAUUGAUAUCCGAAGUGCAGUUAUGUGGACUGAAAGACAACACCACCACAACGCCCUCAACACCAAUUGUCAUAACUCACGAAGACCAGAUGUCCGGAGCUUCGACUUGGAAGAAUUUUCGAGCCCUCGCAAUCCCUCCAUCUGCCGUUCCUCCUCCCUUUCCCCCUCACCAGCUUCAAUCGCCUGCAUUCCUUCAUCCCAAUGACGAGGAGCACGCCACUUCAAACGACAUCAGCAGCGAUGGCCUCUAUGUUUUGCAUUCAAAUUCGUUACAGGCAUCAACAGCUCCACAGUCCAUUGGACUCAUAACUCAUCAAUCUGAGUCGCCUCCACCACAGCGGUUGGCCAAUUGUCCACCUUCUGCUCGACCGUACAAAACUAUUAUUCUUCGACCUGUGAGAACCCACAGCCUCUCACCCCUUCCUCCCUUAACAACAACAACGACAACAACAACAAAGGCAAGACAAAGCCGUUGUCUCCUGCUUACGAGCACAACUUCCAACAAUGAGAACCACAACAGUAGCAGCAACAGACCCCGUGAUCACCGUGAAUUAUUGUCGAUGUGGGACCCAGAAUCGUGCCGUCGAGUUAGUCUGCCCGAUCGAGAUGAUGAAUUCACAUUCUCCUUAUUCUCAUCAACACCUGCCUCAACGAUCAAUGUGGAAGUCUUCGACAUGCGGUCGUGGUACGAAACCGGAGGUUCGCAUCUACGCUGUCGUGAUGGUGGUCUGGACAGAGAUCGCGUAGACGCGGUGGUAUUGCGUCGACGUCGACGAGUUGGUGGCGGCCGAGGCCUCCCAUUCUGUGACGAAGGAAGCGAUUCUACGCUUCUUCCUUCCGCCACGAAUUCAACGGACCGACUUAGUGAUGCUCCUAAGCCAUUUGACCUCGUUUCAGACAUGACAAAGGAGUCAGGCUCCAACUCCCAAGAGGCAUCGCUGAAGGGCAUUAGGAAAAGGAAUUUAUCUUCCAAAAGCUAG